GUUUUACACCGGAAGAAACUUACUGUACUCACGUCAAGCAAUUUAUUUUUAUGGUACGUAACAUUAUGUCAUUGGUGCAGGUGCAGUAAUUCAUGGUCUUCCUCAAUAUCAUGUUUGUGUUCUUAUGUUUGUCUCUCUCUUGUUAUGUAGGGGUUACUAUAGAUGCAGCAGCUCAAAGGGUUGUCCUGCAAGAAAACAAGUUGAGAGAAGCAGAACAGAUCCAAACCUGUUGGUCAUUACUUACACGUCAGAGCACAACCAUCCAUGGCCAACUCACAGAAAUGCUCUAGCUGGGUCUUCUCGAUCUCAACCUUCAUCAAAAGGCAACAACUUUGGUGCUUCAAAGAAUGAAGAAACCAGUCCCCAAAACAAUGAAGAGCAGCACGAGGAGAGCAACAGUGAUAGCAAUAAUGUGAAUAACAGUGCUUGUGUUCAGGAAGAUGGAGAAUUCAGUGACAUUGGACUCCCUUAUAAGCCAAUAUCCAAUAUGAAGAGCUACCAACAACAACAACAGCUUGAUCAGGGUUUGUUUGCAGAGUUUGGAGAAAUAGAAAAAGCUCACUCAUUAAACCUAAUGUCUCCACCACAAGGUUUUGAUGAUCACCAAAUGAAAUCCAACGCUUUAGAUUCAUUCCAUAUCUUUGACUGGAGCGCUGAUAACAGCACCGAGUUCCACCUCAUUUGAAGAAUCUAAUUGGAGAAGGUUAUAUAUAUAAAUAUAAAGAACUUGAAUGGGAAGCAUGCAGCACCUUCCUCACAAAAACCUUUUAAUAGGUGCAGGUCAUCAUCGGAUUUCAAAUAUGUCAUGUGGGGGAGAUUUGAGAUCACAAACCCACUUUUCUUGUUUUUAGUUUUUUUUUUUUUUUCCUUUUCUCUUUCUCUUUUUCUUUACCUGUUAUUUCUCGUAGCAGUGAGGGAGGAAAAUUAGUGGAAGAAAAAUGGGAUUGUAUAUGUGGGAGUGCUGCUUGAUGGGAAGCACACAGAAGGAAUCCCACGUUCCCUUUGGAAUAUUGGUGGAUGGGACAGAAAGCUGAGGAACAGAAGAUUUUAACAGUUAAAACAAUUUCUAGAGACUUUAUUCAUUCAAAAUCACACUCAGUAGGUUAAUGAUUAAAGGAUGAGAGCCCAGUCCUUUCAUCUUUUGCAAGUGGGAAAAAUUAUUUUAGGCCUCACCCUUCAUCAUGUGGCUUGUU